AUGUCACAACAACUUCAAGAUAAGAUAGAUAAUUUCCCAAUUACCAGCUAUUCGUGGGAAUUAGUUGGUAUUUAUUUCAAAAAGAAAGCUGAGCUCGAAGAUGAAAAUGAUCAAAUGAGUUUCUUUUAUUACUUUAUCCAUGAAUUCGCUCGAGUCAAAAAGGAAUUCGAUGAACAGCAGCAACCCAAACAACAACAACCACAACAAUAUAAUAAUAUAGUUAAUUAUAAGUCGCUGGAGGAAGUUAUCCAAAGCUUUCCAGUCACUAGUUUAUCACUGGAUUUGGUAACAGUUUACAACCAAAAGAAACUGCAGAUUAAAGAUGAGUCAGAUCGAAAUCUGUUCCUUUUGUACUUUUCCAAAGAAAGAUCAAGAAUAAGAAGAGAACAAAAGCAGCAACAGCAGGAACAGCAACAGCAGGAACAGCAACAGCAGGAACAGCAACAACAAAUUCAACAACAACAAAAUCAGCAACAACAACAACAGCAACAGCAGCAAAAUCAGCAACAGCAGGAACAGCAACAACAAAUUCAACAACAACAAAAUCAGCAACAACAAAUUCAAAAAGAACAAAAUCAGCAACAGCAGGAACAGCAACAACAAAUUCAACAACAACAAAAUCAGCAACAACAACAACAGCAACAAAAUCAACAUAAACAACAACAACAAAAAACAGUUAUAGAUCAAUCUUAA